AGUCACUCACGAGUAUCGAAACGCUACUAUGGUCGUUUUGAUGUAAAAUUUGGACUUCAGAAACGCACACUACAUAAGGCCCAUGUAGACUAGCAUUACGGCGCCAAGCAGUUCGAAUUUUUGAAAAUCAUGGCCGGAAAAUUUACUGAAGACUCCAUCGUAUUUUUCUUGGACGACAAAGCCUCCAUACCUGUUGGGUUCGAAAAUGCUCCAGUAAGUGCAACUCGAAGGCAGCGACAUGUUUUGAUGGCAGGACUUGACGGUAGAGGGCUGAAUGCAAUGGAUCACGAUAACAUUCCACAGCAUCUGAUACCAUCGGUUUCAAUCAAGCUUUUUCCUCCUAAAGAUCUUUCUGAGUCUUGGUAUAGAGGAAAACCAAUGAUCAUAUUGAAGGACGCGAUAUUUGAGGCAUCCUCGGCAUUCAGACAUGCUGCCGAGUUGAUCAAAAACUUUGAGGAAUCUGAUGCUCAAAAACCAAUUGUGUUCAUUGGAACUGAUGGAGGACCUGACCACAAUGUGACAUCGAUUCAAGUGAUGUUGAGUUACGUUGCCGUAUUUCUUGAACUGGAUCUGGAUUACCUGUGCGCAGUUCGCACCCCUCCCAACUUUUCCGUAAUAAAUCCAGCAGAGAGGUUCAUGAGUACUGCAAACAUUGCUUUGAUGGGAGUGGCUUUGGCGAGGAAUGAUCUCGGUAAACAGGAAAAGAAGGUUCGCUCAUUGCUCUCCAAAAAGCAAUGGCGCGAUGCUCAAGCGAAACAUCCAGAGACGAACUACCGUCAGUUGGCAAUUGAUGGAACUAAAGAUGCCCGCAAGCUUCUUACCGCCCGUUUUGAAAGCCUAUCUUACAAAGGAGAGCAAGUAAAAAUGGGUUACCCUGCAACUGACGACGAAAUUGAGGCAUGUAAAGAUCGUGUUUCUAAGGCACUAGGCGGUAUUGAUUUUGCAGCUAAAAUAGCCAAAUCGCAAGUUAUGAAUGAGCACCACGCUAAAGAUUUCUUCGAUAAGCAUGUCAAGGCAACGUCGUAUGCGUUCCAGAUCAAGAAAUGUACUGAUAAGGCCUGUAAGUACCAUAAGAAAGUACGACUCUCUAAGUCUACUUUUGAUCAGAUAAAAUGGUUGCCCACGCCAACACCUGAUGGGAAUAUGAAAUACAAAAGCUUCGAUUCUGUUUACGGUAAUAAUCCAUCUGAUGAAUGCGUUCCAAGCAAAACGGGAGCCUUGGCUGCUGAUGAAAAUGUGCAGGCUAAACCCACAUUUCCGUUAGCUUAUACACGGGCUCGUAUGAUUGUUACUUGUACGGAGUGUUGUUUCCCGAGGCUGCUGUAUACGAAAUACGCUUUGGACAAAAAGGAGUAUGCUAAGUUGGACCAGUUUUUUGAAGACAAACUGUAUGUAUGCGGUUCGCACUUGGAAUCAUUUCUGGAAGUAUUUCAAAAUCCGAAACUGUCCUGUUUUGAUCCCGUGAGUCUUCACUAUUAUCAGGCAGGUCCACAUCUAUCGGAUUAUAAGGACUUGUGCGCUAAGUGUCUCUAUUGCAACUUAACCAGAACAGAGGGAAAAUUGUUGUUCUGUGAAAAAUGUUGCUCUAAAGCAAGUCAACCGAUAGAUCCCACAUCUACCGAGUCUAAGGCUGAGCGACGACCACGAGGAAGGCCGAAGAAAAACUAA